AUGGAGCACAGGUUCGCGUCGACCCUGCUGGGCCUCUUCGCCUUUUUUACAUUGCUUGCAUCUAUCAAACCAGCAGGCGCGGCAGACUGGACGCAAUCAUACUGCUCCAGCCUAAACACUGGUAGCGACGAUCAAGUCUAUACCUGGCCAUGGCAAUCCAAUGGCAACUGCACAAACCACUGCAAAGAGGAGGGCACAUAUGCAUUUGCCGUCUUACAAUACACCGAUUGCUGGUGCUCCAACUAUGCGCCUGGAGACACGGCAAGCAUGAACGACUGCGAGGUCGACUGCCCUGGCUUUCCGACCGAGAAGUGCGGUAACAAGGACAAAGACUUGUUCAUGUACAUCGAAAUGGACGGCCAGGUAUCCGGUACCAUCGGAGGCUCACAACCCACAUCCUCCGCAGCCGCGCCUUCAGAGACACAAGCUGAACCUCCCAAGACUUCGGUCCCGCCUCCGCCGCCAGUCGUCACUGUGAGGCCUGAUCCAGAGAUUGUUACCUCUGUAGUCACUGCGACGCCGUCUUCUCCUUCUACUUCUUCUUCUACUAGUGAAAAACCGUCGCCAACCCAAUCAUCCGAAGCCGAUGAUGCUCCAACGUCGGCCCAGCAACCCGUGACAAUGCCAACUGUUGUCACUGAGAGCGGCCGCGUUAUUACCCGAACGCUUGUUGUAACUCCUUCAGCCACAGCAGCUCCCGCCGAAACAGGGGGCUCUGAGAAGAAGUCGAACGUGGGAGCCAUUGCCGGUGGUGUCGCUGGUGGUGUUAUUGCUUUGUUAGCCAUCGUUGGUGGCAUACUGUUCGUCCUAUGGCGGAAGAGGAGGCAGCAAAACCAGCAACAAGAUGGACACGAGAGUGGCUCGGCGGGUAUCUCGCGGAAUGUGAGCACCAUGAGCAGAGCUGGCUUGCUAGGAGGACGUAGCGAGAAGUCACCAACUCAGCUUGUCACCAACUUUGGCUCGCAACGAAGUCGCCACGACGACGAAUCGAUUACCCCCGUCACGCCAUCAACCCGCCGAUUAAGCCAACCGAUCUUAGUCGACUCGCGACUCAACCCAACAGCUGUUUUGACUUUCCACGGCGCGAAUGCAAGUCGGGAAAGCCUAGGAAGCAUCGAUGACAGCCGAGAUUAUGGACGACAACUAAAUGUGCGCAACCCCGAUCCAAAUUAG